AUGGAAAAUAGCAGUGGUGUUGAAGAUUUGACACGCGAGAGCAGAGCCGUUGCGAUGGCUAAGUUAAACUCGUUGCCGAGAAGUAAGUACGCGGCUGAUAUCGGCUGCGAAUUCNCUAUGUCCGCGUGCGACUAUGUAGUUAAAUCGAUGAUUCCGAUGUCCUGUGGCGGAUCGUCUGGUGGCGUGAUGGUUAUGGUGACCGGUGAGCGUUUUACGCAAAAUUUCCUCUUGGAGCAUCGUCCAGAAAGGAUGUUGGGUUACGCCAUUGUGGUGUCCUUAACACAAUUUAUUCCCGAAGGACCAGUCACCUACCACCAGACGCCACUAACAACAUUCGGUGGUGGUGACAGCCAGGCUAUCACUGGCGCCGAAAAAUCAGUCAUCACGUCCAUACUUAAAAAACCGGAUUACUCGAUUUCCGCUAUCAUGGAUUCUGACUUCGGCCACGCCGCCGAAGUCACAAAAGAUACGGUAAUAUCUUCCGAAAUUACGCACAUUAAACAACUAGAUACCGCCUUUGAAUUCACGUCCAUCCCGCAAUACGUCUCUGAAAAAACCGCUACCGGUAAUAUUAAAGAAACCGCCACCUUCACUGAAGAUACUUUCAUCCCGGAACAUGCCUCUGAAAAAACCGCUACCAGUAAAUUUAUAGAAACCGCCACCGUCACUGAAGAUACUUCUAUCCCGGAACACGCCUCUGAAAAAACUGCUAACGGUAAUAUUAUAGAAACCGUCACCGUUACUGAAGAUACUUCCAUCCCGGAACACGCCUCUGAAAAAACUGCUAACGGUAAUAUUAUAGAAACUGCCACCGUUACUGAAGAUAUUUCCGUCCCGGAACACGCCUCUAUAAAAACCGUUAACAGUAAUAUUAUAGAAACCGCAACCGUCACCGAAGAUAUUUCCGUCCCGGAACACGCCUCUGAAAAAACCGUUAACGGUAAUAUUAUAGAAACCGCAACCGUCACCGAAGAUAUUUCCGUCCCGGAACACGCCUCUGAAAAAACCGCUAACGGUAAUAUUAUAGAAACCGCCACCAUCAUUGAAGAUACAUCCAUCCCGGAACACGCCUUUGAAGAAACCGUAUACGAGAACAUAGAAACUAAAACCGCCAACGAAAUCAAAACCUUCGCAGAUCCUGCUUCUUCAAAUAACGCUCAAGAGAACAUAGAACUCAAAUCCGGCACUGACAACAAGAAAAUCGUAAAAAAAGUAAUUAGUUUAGUUCUCUUUUCUGCUGUCUGUUGGGCUGCGUAUAAAUACCUGAAAUAA